AUGGCGGCCUCCGGAAGGAAGCCGAUGGACGUCGCCCAGGAAAUGAUCCGUGCAACGGAGGAGGUCACGAUUGCCAUCGACGCAAAGUCUUCCAUCCGCGACGAUGUCGACUCCGACACCUGGGCCGACCACGAGCCUCCGGUCCAGCGGAGGAAGAUCAUAGCCGUCGUCACCCACCCGCAUCCGAAUGGCCUGCAUGUCCAAGGAUGCGUCUUCAUUAUAACCCAGAAACCGCCUCGUAUGGAGUCCAUACCUGACGAAUACGUGGUGGAGCACGCGUACCUGAUCGUGCCUGGGUUCUCGAUAUCGAUGUCUCAACCUAGACGGUCCACAAUCGAUCUGACUCCUAGCAUGAGCGCUUUCAGUCAGGCAAAGACAGUGCACCCAAAGAGUGAGAUGACCGUCACCAUCAGUCCUGGUGAAGAUACCCCUUAUCCGUCUAUCAAGCUUCAAACAAAUGACACUCAAGGACUGCGACAAGUCCUCGAUGAGUGCAAACGACUGAAAGAAACAUCCGCUCACCUGUCACUAGGCGCACAUUCGGGUGAUGCAUUCGAUUUCGAGCCGUUCUCAUGGGUCAUGCCAUACGUCGCAAGACAUACGAUUCCCCCUCUUCUAACAUCGAUACCCCCUGAUAUUCGCUUGUCCAAGCAGCCUCUUUAUACCCGCCUGCCCGCAGCGAGCGCUGGGAUAUCCGGAAAUGAUAUCGCCGACAUCGAGCUUAUCCGCGAAGAUUGGAUGCGCAGGAGAGCGCAUGACGAGGUUCUGUGGUGCAGCGAGGAGACCGCGGGCCUGAAGAUCCGUAUUGGGACCUUCAACGUGAACGGAACGCUGCCUUCCCAAGACUUGUCCGCAUGGGUAGGCGGUCAGGUAGCUCGUCCGACGCCGACGAUCAUCCCACCCCUGAAGGAGGUAUCUCCGCUAAACAUGGAAGAGAUAAUCAGAAGCCCAUUGGAAGCGCUUCCUAAACCCGUUGUCCAAGAGGCCGGGGCGGACGCCGAAGUGCUGUCGCUAUCGACGCCCUCCGACACGAUGACUUUCAUAAACAUCGAUCUGGACGCGGAGUCGUCGGAGACGGCCGAAACCUUAGUUCGGACGCCAACCAAGAAGGUGCCAGAGGACCCCGCCGAUCCCGAUAUGCUCGUCUUGGGCUUCCAGGAACUCGACCUGUCCACUGAGGCUCUGCUCUACUCGACGAGCACCGCGCGAGAAGACGCGUGGUGCACUGCGGUUUUCGCAGGGUUAGGCGAGAAGGCGAUCCUGUAUGAGAAACUUACGUCGAGGCGGCUCGUCGGCAUGCUCCUUGUCGUCAUUGUGAAGAGGCGGCUAAGCCCCAAUUUCAGCGAUGUGCGCACGGCCUCUGUUGGUGCCGGAAUCAUGGGCAUAAUGGGUAACAAGGGCGCAGUCGGCGCUCGCUUACUCUUCACCCCGUAUCCUUCGGCGACAGCGGAACCGGGGUCAGAGAGCAAACCGGUGGCGGUCACGUUCGUCAACGCCCACCUGGCCGCGUUCGACGAGAUGUUCGACAAGCGCAACGCGGACUUCCACGACCUGUCGCGACGGUUAUACUUCGACUCGGCAACCGCCGCCGCCACCAUGGACGAGGGCCCCGCCACUGGGAGCUGGUAUACCCCCGAGCCGGGGCCGUUGACCAUCUUUGAAACGGACGCGCUCUUCUGGCUGGUGAAUCUGAACUACAGGCUUAACCUGCCCGACGCCGACGUCAGGAGCCUCCUCGCGGACGAGCAGCUGCGCGACGAGAACAUGUCAAUGUUACGAAGGUUUGAUCAGCUCGCGCUCGCGAAAAGGACUAGCAAGGCGUUCGACGAGUUCGACGAAAGCCCGAUCAGCCACCUUCCCUCGUAUCGGUUUAGCCCCGGUAUCCUGAGCGAUAGCCUAGGGUACGACACCAAGCGCAAGCCUGCAUGGACGGAUCGCGUCUUGUACAUGUCCUCGCCGGCAGUGAGGAUGAAACAGACGUCCUACGAAAGCCAUCCGACCAUCACCUUCAGCGACCACCGACCGGUGUCUGCGGAGUUCGAGCUAGAGGUCCCUCUCGUCAGCGUACCGGCGUAUGAAUCCUUCGUGCAACGCAUUUGGCGCGACGUGUCCGGGAUCGAGUAUGCGGAGUACCGGCCACGAAUACGCUUGUCGUCGACAAAUGUGGACUUCUCAAAGAUAGCGUAUAAGCGCGCGGUAACACGGACCCUGGAAGUGCAGAACGUUGGCGAAGUGUCAUGCAUCUUCCGUUUCGUCGGACAGUCGCCCAAUGCGCCCGCGUGCCCGAGCUGGCUGCGUGUCGAUGCCAUGACGGGCCUCGUACUGCCAGGCGAGACGGUGCAAAUAACUCUGACAGCUGACGUCGACGCCGCGCUCGCGUCGCAGCUGAACGUGGGACAGACCCGCCUCGAGGACACGCUCGUGCUCCACACUGCACACGGCCGAGAACACUUCAUCGCCAUCUCCGGAGACUACGAACGGACGUGUUUCGCGACGAGCAUGGCGUGGCUCGUACGCCUCCCGGGCUCCGUCAGGUCGCUCGCGAGCCCGAGCGACGUCCUGCCGGAGGAGCGCAGCGUCAACGCGCCGCGCGAGAUCAUGAGAUUGGUGAAUUGGCUGAUGAGUCAUGCGACCGAGACGCCCGGGCUGUUCGUGAGCAGGGGAAACCCAGAGGUCGUGCGACAAAUCCGAGAGAGCCUCGACACGGGCGAGGAGUUCUCCGUAGGCGGGACCGAGGGCGAUCCUGCGACCGCGCGUGCCUUCGCGGAUGCGCUUCUCCAGCUUCUCGACUCGUUGACAGAGCCCGUCAUCCCCGCUUCCCUGCACGCGAGGUGCGCCCAGAUGGCGGGCAGAGAUGAGGCGUUCGAGGUCCUCGACCAACUCCCGAUGGUGAACGUGAACGUCUGGAUCUCGCUCACCGCAUUCCUGCACUUCAUCGGUCAGCAGGACGGAGCCCCAGGGUAUGGCGAGCAGCUUGUCGCCGCGUUCGCACCCGUCCUCUUCCGCGACGAUUUAACCUCCGCGACGCCCGUCUCCGUUAUCGGCGGGCGGAACUUCCUGCGCUACUUCAUCGGGUGA